UUUUUUGCUUUGAAAAUAUUGGUUAUUUCUUUAUGUAGUGUUUUGUCCCUUUUCCGAUUGUAAACAUCUAUACUCAAGGCAUUGAAGAUCUGUAAGGAAUCAUUUUCGUACCAGGAUAAUGGCUAGUGGAGGAAGCAAACGUGAUCCUGCAUGGGAAUAUGGUUUUCCAAUUGAAGGUAAUAAAAGUGGAACAAUAUGCAAAUAUUGUAAUCGCGUGAUGAAGAGUGGUGGAGUAACACGAUUAAAAUACCACCUUAGUGGUAUUGAUCCUUCACACAAUGUACAACCUUGUGGUCAAGUACCUCCUGAAGUUAAAAAAUUUAUAAUAGAUUUGUUAAAAGGAAAACAACAACGUAAGAUCAAAAAAGCAAAUAGAAUGGAAGAGAUUCGUGCAGAUUUACGAGGACAACUGCAUGCUGAAACAUAUGAUGUGGAUGAUGAGGAUGAUGAUGACAUAGCAUAUCCACCUGGGAUGGAUCCAUAUGAGAAAAAUGAUUAUCGAGAGGCAAUUCAUGCUUCUAAACAAUCAAAGUGGGAAAGAAGUCAUCUCCACAAAGUUCGAUAUCAAGCUGAAAGAGGCGAAUGUAGCAGUCGUGCUAAACUUGAUCAUAAAUACAUAUAUGAGCAAUUGAAGAAAAUAAUUUCGGAAGUUGGGAAGAAAAAUGUGGUACAAAUUGUAACAGAUAAUGGCUCUGCAUUUGUUAAAGCUGGGAAGAAAUUGAUGGGAGAUUACAAUUUGUACUGGACUCCAUGUGCAGCACAUUGCAUUGAUCUCAUGUUUGAAGAUAUUGGGAAGAAUGAGAAUGUGGCUAUUGUGAUCAAGCAGGCUAGAGCAAUCACAACCUACAUCUACAAUCAUAAUUGGUUGCUAGCAAAGAUGCGUGAAACUUGCAAAGGUGACAUCAUUCGUCCAGGACUUACACGAUUUGCCACAAACUAUCUUGCGCUUGAUAGCUUGGUUAAAAAGAAAGCAGGACUUAAGCAACUAUUCACAUCUAUUGAUUGGACUAAUCAUAAUUAUAGUGCUUCAAAAGAAGGCCAAACAGUGGAAAAUAUAGUACUUAAUCAUACUUUUUGGGAUCAAGCACAUAAGGUGUAUCAAUUAUUUAAGUCUUUAUAUAAGUUUUUACGUAUUGUUGACACCGAGGUUUAUCCAACAAUGGGAGCAGUGUAUGAGUUGAUGCGAAUUGUUAAAGAGGAACUUGACAAAAUGCAUGGUGCAAAGUGGAUAUUAAAGAUUAUCAAUAAUAGACCUGGGAUUGGAGAAGAUUCUAAUCUUGUAAAGGCUGUACACGAUGUCUAUACUACAUUGGAUCCUAAAUCAGCCGCAAUUAGCCACUUACAUACUUCAAGGAUGCAAGAAAAGGAUUUGCAAGACCAACAGCAAUUGCUUAUAGAAAAGAGAUGUCUCCUGUUGAAUGGUGGGUCAUGUACGGUGAUAGUGCACCUACAGUAA